AUGUUUAUUCAUAAUACACCAGCAGCAUACUAUGGACGAGCUAUCAAAAUUACAUCAGAUAUACUCGAAAAAUGGCAUUCAGAAUUUAAUAAUACUAUAGAAGAAUUUCAGAAAUAUUUACUUCAUGAAACAGUUGAUAAUCAAUUAUUUGCUUGUUGGUCUAUUCGUGUUAAAUAUCGCGAAACUUUUAUUAAGACAAUUAUUAAAUGGCUAGAAAAACAUCAAAAUGUUGAAAUAAAUAGUCGAUGGUAUGAAUUAAUAGCUGAUUUAGCAAGUCGAGAAUCAUGUGAACAAGAAUGGUGUCAUACUAUCUAUAUACUUGAUAAUAAUCAAUUCAUUAUACAUCGACAAAGUACAGCAUUACUUAGUCAUGGUCUUACUGGUCUUUCAAGUUGGCCUGCAGCGAUCUCUCUUGGUGAUUAUUUGAUGAAAAGAAUACAUCUACUAGAAAAUAAACGUAUCAUUGAACUUGGUGCUGGAUCAGGUUUACUUGGUUUAACUUUAUUAAAAUAUUCAGAUAAAAUUUUGUCAUAUACAUUUACUGAUUAUUCUCCAAUGAUUUUAAAUUUAUUACGACAAAAUGCUUUAUUAAAUUUUUCUGAAUAUCAAAUUGAUGAAAAGAUGAAAAUUGAAGAAUUAGAUUGGAAUCAAUAUUCAAUAGAGAAUAAUCAUCAUAAUUGUUUUGAUUGCAUUUUAGCUGCAGAUGUUGUUUAUGAUCCGUCGGUGAUUGAAAAUUUAGUCAAAACAAUUCGAAUUCUUUUGCAAAAAAAUCAACAAUGUACUGCGUAUAUUGCAAAUGCUAUUCGUAAUGAAUCAACAUAUGAACAAUUUCGAAAAGCAUUAAUUCAAUCAUGUCUUGAUGUACGUUCUGUUGAAAUGGAUACUUCUCAAUCUAUUGAAAUUAUUCAACUUGCUCUUUUGCCUAAAGAUUCUAUUUGA